AUGGACCGAAGAUGUUUCGCCAUUCUGUGUCACCUACUGAGGACCAUUGCUGGACUAACGUCGACGGAAGUCGUCGAUGUUGAGGAGAUGGUAGCAAUGUUCCUCCACAUUCUUGCGCACGAUGUGAAAAAUCGUGUCAUUCAACGAGAGUUCAUGCGGUCGGGUGAGACAAUUUCCCGCCAUUUCAACAUGGUCUUGUUGGCUGUCAUUCGACUUCAUGAGGAGCUGUUGAAAAAACCACAACCAGUGCCUAAUGAAUGCACAGAUCAAAGAUGGAGGUGGUUUGAGGUACACAUUUGUCUCCAACUACGCUAUUACUACUUGGUUGAUGCCGGGUACCCAAAUGCGGAGGGUUUCCUGGCACCAUACAGAGGCCAACGCUAUCACUUACAAGAAUGGCGUGGCCCUGAAAAUGCACCUUCAACGUCGAAAGAGUUCUUCAAUAUGAAACAUUCUUCUGCUCGUAAUGUAAUCGAAAGAGCAUUCGGUGUCUUGAAGGGUCGAUGGGCGAUACUGCGAGGAAAGUCAUACUAUCCUGUAGAAGUUCAAUGUCGCACAAUACUCGCAUGUUGUCUCCUCCACAACCUUAUCAAUAGGGAGAUGACAAACUUUGAUAUAGAAGACAACAUAGAUGAGGUUGAUUCCACCCACGCGACUACUGCCGCCGAUGACAUACAUUACAUAGAGACGUCGAAUGAGUGGAGUCAAUGGAGGGACGACCUUGCAGAACAAAUGUUUACUGAAUGGGAGUUGCGUAACCAAUAG